CAGCCGGCACAUUACCGUACAUGGUAAAGAAGAUUUCGCAAUCGUCUCCUCCAUGUUCCAAACAAAAACAGUGAGAGCUCAAACUCCGACGGAUUAAACUCCCGUUUUCUACGGCAACUUUCUCCGCUUUGACGGAUGGUCGAGUCCGCCGCCGCCCCGCGAAGGCUCCAUCGAGUUGAAGGAUCUUCUGCUUCCUGGUUCAUCCUCUGAGGAGACUCAGACAUCCGCACCUGAAGGCAGCACAUCCUGAUGAGCCGGCCGUCUCAGGCGAAUCUCACCACACACGAGCACAGCGGUGCGAGCGUCAUCCAGAAUCAGGCCUCCUCCUCGGCCUCCUGCUUGCAGCGGGUCCCCAAGCUCCUCCCCUCAGCUGGCGGCGGUAAGGCCCCGCCCCCCAGCAAGAUGAAGAAACCUUCGGCAGAGAAGGACAGCGACGAGUACCGCCAGCGCCGCGAGCGCAACAACCUGGCGGUGAAGAAGAGCCGCAUGCGCAGCAAGCAGAAGGCGAUGGACACGCAGCAGCGCGUCAACGAGCUCAAGGAGGAGAACGAGCGCCUGGAGGCCAAAAUCAAACUGCUGAGCAAAGAGCUGAGCGUGCUCAAAGACCUCUUCCUGGAGCACGCCCACAACUUGGCCGACAACGUGCAGCCGCCCGCCGCCCCCAGCCCCGCCCCCAACGCCGCCAACGGGGGGCAGUGAGGGGGGCGGAGCCAAUAGGGAUGUUUUGACCCGCCGCUGCUUUUUCUGUCAAGUCUUGCUCGCGUUCUUCUUCAUCACUUUGAGUUACUCGCAUUUAAUACAAUCUUCCUGGAUCAUUUGCAAAAAAAAUGCUUAGCCUGGGGUUCUGACGUAUCUACAGAUCUUUUAUUCUAAUUUAUUGAUUUCAGUCUAAUGUGGAGUGAGAGUCCAAUGAACUCUGAUCCAACAGAACAUGUUGAUCCAUGGAUCGGUCGAUUGAUCGAUCGCAGGGACGUGAUAAAUCCGGGACGUCUGCAGGAACCAGAACUCUCCUCCUCUGAGCCCCGUUUCACUCUAGUCCAGAUGGAAGACAAUGGGUCUUCUUUUUUUACAGUUGUGUUAUCUGUUGUACUAGUGUCUGGUCUUCAAAGCUGUUAUCAGUCCGUAUUUAUACAGAAGUCCUUCACUAGUGGGAUGUCUGGACUUCUUAAAGAAUCAACCUGAAAACGCAUCCAUACUGAUCAAUCCAGAAGUCCACCUCCAGUUUAGAGCCCCCAAAGAGACCCUGAGACCCAGUGCAGAUAUCUGGUGAUGGAUCUUCUUCAUUAAAUGUGACCUUAAAGUCCAACUGAUUUUGAUGGUUUCGGGUUCUUCGCCUUUCAGUCAUUCGAGAGGACAUUUUGAUAACAUCAAAUGUGCUGCACACCACAGAGGGGCGGGGCUUACAACCAUGUGAUGUCCCUGUAUGAUGUCUGUCUGAGUCCUGCUGCUCCAGAGCUGCACCAAGUUCUAAGAGGUUCUUUGGAUCCACUGGGUUGUUGUCCUUCAUUUAAUAACAACUUCCUGUUGGAGGACAAACGCAUGGAGCACGUGGUUCUGUAUGAACGUUGUUCUACCGUAUGAUAGUACAACGUUGGUAUGAACUUUGUACUAGCGUAUAAACGUACUGACCUGCUACCGUUGUACUGGUACAACAACGCGUUGUACUAGUACAACGGUAGCAUGACUGUUGUAUGACCGUUUUUCUAGCGUGUUUUCUACUCCUCCAGCAGCAUGUGUGUUGGUGGAACGUUGUAGUCGGUUGUGUGUUUUCUACUUGUCCACCAGCAUGUCCCCGACAGACUCUGCAUGAUGUUUCGUCCGUCUGAAUGUUGCUGGGCAGCAUUUGUUUGUCGCUCAGCUUUUUUAUAUCACAGGAAUCUGGGUAAUGUGCAUUGUAAAUUAAAAUUCAGUACAUUUUAA